GAGCAGGGCGACAGGCUGCAGGAGGAGGCGCAGGGCGACAGGCUGCAGGAAGAUUCAGAAUCAGAGAUGAAGGAGGAGAAUAAUCAGGCAGUGGAGUUUGAUGAUGACUACCUGAGGGAGGUGGAGAAGGAGCUGACAGAGGAAGAGAAGGAGAGUCGACAGCAGCAGAGUUUAACUCUGAAGGAAAAAGGAAACAGCCAGUUUAAAGCUGGAGACUGGUUGGAGGCGGAGCGCAGCUACACAGAGGCUUUGGUUUUAUGUCCAGUUUGUUUCAGCAGAGAGAGAGCCGUCCUGUUUUCCAACAGAGCCGCCGCAAGACUGCACCUGGACCUGAAGGAUCAGGCGAUCUCAGACUGCACUAGAGCGAUAGAGCUGAAUCCAGACUACGUGCGGGCGUUGCUGAGGAGGGCAGAGCUUUACGAGCAAACAGAGAAGCUGGAUGAGGCCCUGGAGGACUACAAGAAGGUUCUGGACCAAGACCCGAACCAGACCAGCGCUAGGCAGGCCUGUAUGAGGUUGCCUCAGCAGAUACAGGAGAGAAAUGAGAAGUUGAAGGAGGAAAUGAUCAGUAAGCUGAAGGACCUGGGGAACAUGAUCCUGAGGCCGUUCGGACUCUCCACCAACAACUUCCAGGUGAACCAGGAUCAGGACACCGGAUCGUACUCCAUCAACUUUGUCCAGAAACCAAACAACAAUAGAUGACAUCACCACAGACAGUGAUAUCACAGCAACAUGUGGACAAACCUGUGUGUGUUUCAGAGUUAAAUAAAGUUUGAUGAGC